AUGGUAGAAAUUAGUGAAAGAAUAGUUGAAGAUUACAAAUGUGAACCGCCUCCAAAUCACCUUUUGAACACAGAAAUCUUUUGGAAGAUGGGGUGUAAUAAAUUCAUUGCCGUUGAACCAGCAGAAAUAUAUUUCGAUAAUAUUAGUUUUCGGUCUCAAAAAUCUGGAAUAAUGAAACAAUUUGAGUUAAAAAAUAUAUCUGACCGCGUGACACGUCUACACAUUCUGCCUCCAGACACCAAGUACUUUCGACUAUCGUACAAACAGCCGAAGUGUUUGGUACCUGGUUAUAGUAUUACGUGCCGUCUGAUAUUUUUUCCUGACAAGCCAAGUUACUAUGAAGACUGUAUACGUGUGCACACUGAAGAUCAUGAGAAUCAGUUAAUAGUUCCAAUUUAUGCUUAUCCUGUAAUAGGCGACUUCGACUUUCCGGAAUUCAUUGAAUUUCCACCAACAAAUAUUGGAAAAAAAAAAACUCAUCAUAUCCCAAUUAAGUCAUCUUCGGCAGUUGAUUUCGAGUUUCGAAUUCAAAUUUUACGCAAUGAUCCAAGUUUCUCAAUACAACCAGUAAAAGGUGUUUUAUAUGCUGGUCAAAUCACUGAACUGUUAAUUGAUUUUCAACCAAAUAGCUAUUCAACAUGUGAAUUAAAAUUCGAAUUACAUAUUGCUCAAGUUAAUUUUCAACCAAAAUGUUGUACAGUUAUUGGAAAUGCAUUACCUGGAUUAGAAAGUUCAUCUCAUUCAUGUUAUGAUGACGAUGAAAAUCUCUCAGAAUUACUAGAUACAAAUCAAUGUGAAAUUAGUCAAAGCUUACAUAAUCGACGAAAGAAUAAAUCAAAAUAUUCCUCACAAAUAAUAAAAAAUAUAAAAACCCCAAAAUAUGAAAUUACAUGUCCACACCAUUUAGUGAAAUUUCUUUUGGGCAGUCAUGAAAAACUCAUUUCUAGUCAACGAAAUAACACAUCAACAACAGAAGGAUUAACUAGACAACAGAAAUUACUAACUUUUGAAUCAAUGGUACAUCAGAAUCUUAUUGAUGAACAACGUAAUCAAGUGAGAUGGCAGUCGAAAUUAGGUGCUAAUCCAUUAUCAUUAGAAGAACGUGUAAAAAUACUUGAUUCACGUGAAUUAGCAUGGAAACAAUAUUAUACAAAAUGUACACAUCCAGAAGUUGUGGAAACUCACAAACAACAUCUAUCAAUAUCAAGUUCACCAGCUAACUUCAAAUUGAAUAAAGAUCAUCAAAUAUUAACUAAAUUUCGUCCAUGUCGUCCAGUGGAACCAUUCAACAAAUCUUUAAUUACAGGAUCAGAAGUUUCUCUUGAACCAAAAUUUCAUUUAGUUGAAUUUACUAAAGCAAAAUGGUUACAUAGAUGUGAUAUGAUUGAAAAAUUUCGUUCAAUGGUAUCAAGUAUUAUUAUUAAUCGAAGAAUGAUUAAACGAUUAAAAAAAUUAAAACAAACAAUAAUUGAUGAUAAGGAAACAGUAUCAAAACAUGUAACAAACGAAAAAUAUCCAUACAAUAUUGGAAAUUCAAUUCAAUCUCUUGGGAAAUCUGAUUGUGGAACUAAAUUAUUUCAUCAUCAAGUUUGGUCAGAACGUGAUUUACUCUGUAAUCAGCAAUUGACAAAAUCAAAUCAUACAUCAGUAUCAAACAGUAGUCUAAUUCAAUCUACACAUCUACUACCGAUAACAUGUACAUAUAAUUAUGAUCAGUUAUCGAAAACAUUUACAACACCGAAACAUUACUGGCCUUUAUUUGAUAUGCCAGUUACACUAGAUCAAUAUGAAAUGAGAUAUACAGAUAAAUUUGAUUUAAAUCUUGCCAUGGAUUAUGCAAAAUUAAUACCAAUGGAUAUAAAUUAUGCAGAAUUAUUACCUAUACAACAAAAAAAACCACAGAAUCGAUUGUCAUCAACCUCACAGGUCACUGGGUCUCCAAUAACAUGUAAUAAUGAAUCAAUAAAUGACUCAAAACUUAAAUCAACAAUAAUCAGUGAUACUUCUAAUCAGUCAGCGAUACGUUUACCACAAUCUGUUCAUUCGUUAUCAAGAUCAAACCUGAACAUUGAUAGGUGCUCAAAUAAUCAAUAUCUACCCUUAACAUUGUUAAAUCAAUCUACAUUGAAUGAUUAUUCCCAUACAUUAAUCAAUUCAAUCAAUCAGUUGUAUAAGCCUAAUGAUAAUAUUGUUUCUUCUAGUCUGUCUAAUUCAGACUACAUUGAUACAGUAUUAAUUAAUUUGGAUCAAACACAUGAUCAUAGUAUUCUUAGUCAAUGGAGUUCAUCAUCUCAUAUGCACAAGCCGUUAGUACCGUUAAAAAAAUUAUCAUAUCCAAAAUGUCAUCAAACUUCAAAGGAUGAUAAUAUUUUACAAGAAAAUGAACUAUCAGAUGAAGACAAAUCAGAGUCUCUCAAAGAACUGGUUGAACAAGAUAUUCAAGAUUGGAUCAAACGUUUCCCAGAAUUGAAUUCAAUGUUUUCAAUGGAAAAUGAGUAUAAUGAUAAUGAGGGAAAUGAAGAAAUAUCAUCUACAUUAAAUGACACGAAUCAAAACAAUCCACUUUUGAUUUUGAAUAACGCACCAAUCGAAGAAUCAAAGAAAUAUCAGAAUGAAAUUUUAUCAGUGUGUAAAUUCAAAUUCUAA